AUGAUGAUUAAUUUACCUCAGUUGUUAUUUAUAAUUUUAUUUUCUAAAAUCACAAAAAUAAACACACUUCAUAAUUCGUAUGAUUCAGGAAUAUCAAAUUUAAAUCAAGAACAAAUAAAUCUUCAACACUUAAAUUUACAAAAUAUUCAAUUAAAUAAUCCAAAUUUAAAUAUGCAUCAAAACAUAAGUCCUAGAACUUGUAAAGAAAAAUUAAAAGAAUGUGCGUUUGGUUUUAUUGUUGUAGCAUUUGUAUUAUGUUUUAUUACUACCAUUUCAUGGAUAAUGUUUAAAUCCUUUUUUAGUUAA